CUGUGUUAACCAGGAUGGUCUCGAUCUCCUGACCUCGUGAUCCACCCGCCUCAGCCUCCCAAAGUGCUGGGAUUACAGGCGUGAGCCACCACGACUGGCCAGAGAUGAUAGAUUUUUGAGUCAUUUGUUUCUAAAGAGUAAAGAAAGCCAUAAAAUGAGAUGUCUGCAAGGCUCUUGUAUCGUUCGAACCGCGAGAGCAGAGCGCGCCAACAGACAACAUGAGGCGGUGUGGAACAACACGCUGUCUCAAUAAGCGCCUGGGUGCUGGUGGACUGAGGCCUAAAAUGGCGUCAGCUCCAAGUGAGUCCGGGGCAGGGGUUUUAUAGUCCUCUGUAAACAGGCAGUGUCCCAGUCUGACGUGUCUGCUAUGUAGUACCCGUACGGCCUCCCUCUCAAUCUUCCGGGGUAUGUGUCCUCCAGCCAGCUGUCUUCCUGCUUCUGCUAUCUUGCUGACGCACGCUGCUGGUACAAGUGGCCUUGAGCCUUGGCACUGGGCCUGAGUAAGGAGGAGUUAUUCAUUCCCUUAAGCUUUCAGGCCCCGGGGAGAAUCUUUCAAUGUCCAUGGUUGAGGGUGAAGGUGAGAAGAGUAGAGACUUAGGACCAUCUCUAAGAGCUCGAACAUAUAAGGGUCAGGCAAAGGAAAAAAAGCCCAAGAGGAAACUAAGAAGGAGCAAGCAGAAAGAGGAGACUAUGGUUCCAAGCAGCCAAGAGAAGCAAGCAUCUCAGAAAGAGGAAGCAAUCAGAGAAUAGAAAAAUCAAUUAAGAUCUGAAGAAAUGCCCCCUGUAUUUACCAACAAGAAAGUUGUGGAGCGGGGGGGCUCAAAAGGGCCCUGCGGCCUUGCGGCCGCCCGGGACUCCCCGCCAAAGAAGGGACCGUCGGUGGCGUCUGCGGCCCCAGGAGGAGCUCAUCCGCCAGCCCCCAGGAGCAAGACCAAGACCGCAGGAAGGACUGGGGCCACGUGGAGCUGCUGGAGGUGCUCCAGGCGCGGGUGCGGCAGCUGCAGGCUGAGAGCGUGUCGGAGGUGGUGGUGAACAGGGUGGAUGCGGCGCGGCUCCCAGAAUGUGGCAGUGGAGGUGGUAGCCUCCAGCCACCCAGGAAGGUCCAGAUGGGGGCCAAGGAUGCCACCCCGGUGCCCUGUGGCCGCUGGGCAAAGAGACUGGAGAAGGAUAAGCGGACCCAGCAGAUGCGUAUGCAGCGGUUGAAGGCGAAGCUGCAGAUGCCAUUCCAGAGCGGGGAGUUCAAGGCGCUGACCAGGCGCCUGCAGGUGGAGCCCCGGCUCCUGAGCAAGCAGAUGGCCGGGUGUCUGGAGCACUGCACGCGCCAGGCCCCCGAGAGCCCCUGGGAGGAGCAGCUGGCCCGGCUGCUGCAGGAGGCCCCUGGGAAGCUGAGCCUCGAUGUGGAGCAGGCCCCGUCGGCGCAGCACUCGCAGGCCCAGCUCUCAGGUCAGCAGCAGAGGCUCCUGGCCUUCUUCAAGUGCUGCCUGCUCACUGACCAGCUGCCCCUCGCCCACCACCUGCUGGUCGUCCACCACGGCCAGCGGCAGAAGCGGAAGCUGCUCACGCUGGACAUGUACAACGCCGUGAUGCUUGGCUGGGCGCGGCAGGGUGCCUUCAAGGAGCUGGUGUAUGUGUUAUUCAUGGUGAAGGAUGCCGGCUUGACCCCGGACCUGCUGUCCUAUGCGGCUGCCCUCCAGUGCUUGGGGAGGCAGGACCAGGACGCCGGGACCAUCGAAAGGUGUCUGGAACAGAUGAGCCAGGAGGGGCUGAAGCUGCAGGCACUCAUCACCGCCGUGCCCCUGUCUGAGGAGGAUCGGGCCACUGUUCUGAAGGCCGUGCACAAGGUGAAGCCCACCUUCAGCCUCCCGCCGCAGCUGCCGCCCCCGGUCAACACCUCCAAGCUGCUCAGGGACGUGUAUGCCAAGGAUGGGCGUGUGUCCUACCCGAAGCUGCACCUGCCCCUGAAGACCCUGCAGUGCCUCUUUGAGAAGCAGCUCCACAUGGAGCUGGCCAGCAGGGUGUGCGUGGUGUCCGUGGAGAAGCCCACGUUGCCAAGCAAGGAGGUCACGCACGCGCGGAAGACCCUGAAGACCCUGCGGUACCAAUGGGAGAAAGCACUGUGCCGGGCGCUACGGGAGACCAAGAACCGCCUAGAGCGCGAGGUGUACGAGGGCCGGUUCUCACUGUACCCCUUCCUGUGCCUGCUGGACGAGUGCGAGGUGGUGCGGAUGCUCCUGCAGGUCCUGCAGGCGCUGCCCGCCCAAGGUGAGUCCUUCACCACCCUGGCCCGGGAGCUGAGUGCGCGCACUUUCAGCCGGCACGUGGUGCAGAGGCAGCGGGACAGUGGCCAGGUGCAGGCGCUGCAGAACCACUACAGGAAGUACCUAUGCCUGCUGGCCCCCGACGCCGAGGUGCCGGAGCCUUGCAUGCCGCGGCAGUACUGGGAGGCGCUGGGGGCGCCCGAGGCCCUGCGGGAGCAGCCCUGGCCCCUGCCAGUGCAGAUGGAGCUGGGCAAGCUGCUGGCGGAGAUGCUGGUGCAGGCUACGCAGAUGCCAUGCAGCCUGGACAAGCCGCAUCGCUCCUCUCGGCUUGUCCCCGUGGUCUACCACGUGUAUUCCUUUCGCAACGUCCAGCAGAUCGGCAUCCUGAAGCCGCACCCGGCCUACGUGCAGCUGCUGGAGAAGGCCACGGAGCCCACGCUGACCUUCGAGGCGGUGGAUGUACCCAUGCUUUGCCCCCCGCUGCCCUGGACAUCGCCGCACUCUGGUGCCUUCCUGCUCAGCCCCAACAAGCUGAUGCGCACGGUGGAAGGCGCCACGCAGCACCAGGAGCUGCUGGAAACCUGCCCGCCCACCGCGCUGCAUGGCGCGCUGGACACCCUCACCCAACUGGGCAACUGCGCCUGGCGCGUCAACGGGCGCGUGCUGGACCUGGUGCCGCAGCUCUUCCAGGCCAAGGGCUGCCCCCAGCUAGGCGUGCCGGCCCCGCCCUCCGAGGCGCCCCAGCCGCCUGAAGCCCACCUGCCGCACAGCGCCGCGCCCGCCCGCAAGGCCGAGCUGCGCCGGGAGCUGGCGCACUGCCAGAAGGUGGCCCGGGAGAUGCACAGCCUGCGGGCGGAAGCGCUGUACCGCCUCUCGCUGGCGCAGCACCUGCGGGACCGCGUCUUCUGGCUGCCGCACAACAUGGACUUCCGCGGCCGCACCUACCCCUGCCCGCCGCACUUCAACCACCUGGGCAGCGACGUGGCGCGGGCCCUGCUGGAGUUCGCCCAGGGCCGCCCGCUCGGCCCGCGCGGCCUGGAUUGGCUCAAGAUCCACCUGGUCAACUUCACGGGGUUGAAGAAGCGGGAGCCUCUGCGGAAGCGCCUGGCCUUUGCGGAGGAGGUGAUAGAUGACAUCCUGGACUCCGCGGACCAACCCUUGACGGGCCGAAAGUGGUGGAUGGGCGCGGAGGAACCCUGGCAGACGCUGGCCUGCUGUAUGGAGGUGGCGAACGCUGUGCGCGCCUCCGACCCUGCCGCCUAUGUGUCCCACCUCCCCGUCCAUCAGGACGGCUCUUGCAACGGCCUGCAGCAUUAUGCUGCUCUGGGCCGCGACAGCGUGGGCGCCGCCUCCGUCAACCUGGAGCCCUCGGAUGUGCCGCAGGACGUGUACAGCGGCGUGGCUGCGCAGGUGGAGAUGUUCCGUAGGCAAGACGCCCAGCGGGGCACGCGGGUGGCACAGGUGCUGGAAGGUUUCAUCACCCGCAAAGUGGUGAAGCACACGGUGAUGACCGUGGUGUACGGGGUCACCCGCUAUGGCGGGCGCCUGCAGAUUGAGAAGCGCCUCCGGGAGCUGAAUGACUUUCCCCAGGAAUUCGUGUGGGAGGCCUCCCACUAUCUCGUACGCCAGGUCUUCAAGAGUCUACAGGAGAUGUUCUCGGGGACCCGGGCCAUCCAGCACUGGCUGACCGAGAGCGCCCGCCUCAUCUCCCACACGGGCUCCGUGGUGGAGUGGGUCACACCCCUGGGCGUCCCCGUCAUCCAGCCGUAUCGCCUGGACUCCAAGGUCAAGCAAAUAGGAGGUGGAAUUCAGAGCAUCACCUACACCCACAACGGAGACAGCCGAAAGCCCAACACACGUAAGCAGAAGAACGGCUUCCCGCCCAACUUCAUCCACUCGCUGGACUCCUCACACAUGAUGCUCACCGCCCUGCACUGCUACAGGAAGGGCCUGACCUUCGUCUCUGUGCACGACUGUUACUGGACCCACGCAGCUGAUGUCUCUGUCAUGAACCAGGUGUGCCGGGAGCAGUUUGUCCGCUUGCACAGCGAGCCCAUCCUGCAGGACCUGUCCAGGUUCCUGGUCAAGCGGUUCUGCUCUGAGCCCCAGAAGAUCUUUUAGGCCAGCCAGCUGAAGGAGACACUGCAGGCGGUGCCCAAGCCAGGGGCCUUCGACCUGGAGCAGGUGAAGCGUUCCACCUACUUCUUCAGCUGACACCCCACGAGCCUUGUGCCAGUGUGUAAAUAAAGCUCUUUUGCCAAAAAAAAAAAAAAAAAAAAGAAAGAAAAAAGAAAAAGAAAGUUGUUGGUGAAGUGGAAGGAGCCUUUACCUGGUGUGGCGCAGGCAGCCGCCAUGUUGUGGUGAAUUGAGGAAUGGGUAGAAAGU